AUGCGACUUGGUACAAAGUCAUGCUCAGAGUGUCGAAGACGAAGAGUUCGCUGCCAUUUUUCCACGAACGAUAGCCGAACUUGCGAAGCAUGCAAUCUACACAACAUUCUAUGUGUUCCUCAAACCAAGAAGCACCACGAUGACCCAGAAAAAACAGUAUUAAAGCGCCGUGUGGGAGACUUGGAAGAAACUGUCCGUCAGAUCACCGACGAUCAGUUUCAAGACCUUCGCAAACAACUACCCAACGUUACUGAGUACGGGUCCGUCAGUUCUACCGAUCGUCCAGCUCCAUCGGACCUAGAAUCGCCCGAUGAGGACUCAGAUUGGAAUGAAGUUGAGCAAGCGCCAUUGAUGAGCCUACUUCAGGAGACACUCAAAACUGAAUCAGGAGGACUUCCUACUCACAGUCAAGUCGGCAAGUCCAACGACCACCAAGUCAAAACCUGCCUCUCAAACCUAAGUCCGCUACUUCCAAGCCUUGAUGCUUUGACGUCGAUCCUCAAGGCUACUCAAGACUUCUGGCCGCUUUGGCCAUAUUCUCCAAUCUCUGCAGCAGCGAGCAGUGACGCCCCCAAUGAUGUCGACACGGCAAAGGCAUUCAUCGUCAAUUCUUUGAAUUCCGACACACGUUGCAUUAUCGCUAAGGCCUUGCUCUGGCUUGCGCUUUCCUUCCAGCAGGUGCCUCGAGGAUUUCGACCUCCGGGAGAUAUGCUGCCUGACUCACCCAGCUCACUUCUAAAGCAUUAUAUGCACAAUGCUGAUCUUCUGCUAUCCACCAUCACCGAAACGUUGGGAAAUGCUGACUUUGUAGAAUGUCUGCUCCUGCAAUUCAAACUCUACUUCAAUAUGGGCAAGCCACGGAAAGCAUGGCUUAGUAACAGGCGGGCUAUGAACACGGCGCUGCUCCUCGGGUUUCACAACGUCGACGUCUCUACUCCCAAGCGGCACAAAACUUUGUGGUCGAAGAUUUGGGUCACCGACAGACAAUUAUCGGUCAUCUUGGGCCUCCCUGCUGCAAUCGAUAAUUCGCAUCCUAGCGUGUCUGAGGUGCAAGCCGAGGCGCCUCUCGAAGACCGACUUUUCCGCGAGCUUGCGAUUGCAUCAGGACUUAUCAUCCAACGCAACCAGAACCACAAAAGCGCAAACUAUGCGACGACUAUGGAGAUUGACCACCUACUCGAACAAUGCAAGGCGAAAAUGCCCCCGGAAUGGUGGGAUCCCGCCCCUGGCACACCGUUGGCCGUCACCUACACCCGGCAAUCCAUCAAGCUGGCUUAUUACUCUCUCUGCAAGAUUGUGCAUCUACCGUAUAUGCUCAAGUCGGCCACGGAAAGGAAGUUUGAGAUCAGCAGAAUAGCAGCCUUGGAAGCGUCAAGGGAGUUGAUCAAAACUCACCGCAUGUUGAGACGUCAUAGCGGCCCAGAGAGCAUCAUGAUUUGUGAUGUGCUGGAUUUCCAGGCUUUCAGUGCCGCUGUGGUCAUUGUCAUUGAUCUCCUCUCAGUGUCUACCACGCGGCAUGUUCGCGAUGAGGCCGAGGAUUGGGAACUGGUUCAUGGCGUAAGAAAGGACCUUCGCAAUGUUUCCGAGGUAUUAAACUGCAGUGUGGCAAGCCAAGCCGCCAAAGUACUCGAAUGGCUCUCACAGGCGCGGGAAGGCACAUGGUCUGGCAGCCGAACCUGCAUCAUCCCGUAUUUUGGAAGGGUAAAAAUUGGACGGCAGACACGAGGGGAUCAGAUGCCUUCCAAUGGGACAGGGCUUCGCGCGAGCGAGGUACAACAGCCUGCAAGUUCCGUCGAGAUCAGCACGAAUACCUCGACGUCCUUCAGUCAAUUCUCGGAUCAAGAAUGGUUUUCUGAUCAAGAGUUAGGGAUGGAUUGGAUGUCUUUUUCCGACAUGAACGAAAGCUAUGACUGGAGUAUGUUGUUUAACACGCCUGUACCAGAGUGA